GGGGAGGUUGCAGAACGCCAUCUUUAAACCCCACAAGAGGCCAGCUACAGUUGUACACCGGGAUGAAAAACACUAUAGCGGGAUAUAAGUUCAAAUCGUGGACGUGAUGUGAUUGUCUCCCGGUCACGUAAACAAUAAGGAACUGUUGGUGGGACUGUAAGGAGAGACGGUCACGGGACACCGCGAGAACCCUAGGCUGGUGUUAUCAUAGACAGACAACAACAAUAGACAGAAAGACAACAACAACGGAGCUCGCUAAGUCGCUCGCUAGCAUCUUGCCGAGCGCUGCGCUAUUUUCAAAUGCUAACUAAAAGCUAGCUAACGUUAGCCACUUCAUCCGAGAGUGACUUCAUCAGCAAAUCUGUUCGGUUGCGCUGAAUUUUGACCAGGACGCUGUUUAUACUUGGCACUGGGUAUCCAGCUACAUCGACAGGGGCAGUCAACCAUUUAUUUGCCACAUUUUUUAACCAAUUUGGUACAUACAUUUGCGUUGUGGCUUUAGCUAGCUAAAAGCUAAGUCCCGACUUCUUCCCCUCCCCAGCGGCCCAGCCGGAGAUGCGUGGAAGAUGUCGGUGUCGGGGCUGAAGGCCGAACUGAAGUUUUUGGAAUCCAUUUUUGAUCCAAACCACGAACGCUUCAGGAUCAUUGACUGGAAGCCUGACGAGCUGAGCUGUCAGUUUAAUGUUACUGGGGAAAAGCUGUUGAUUAUCCACUGUAAUAUAACGGAAUCGUAUCCAUCUACUCCGCCGAUAUGGUUUGUGGACUCUGAUGACCCUAGCUUGGCGCAAGUUUUGGAGAGGUUGGAAGAUGUGAGAAAAGGCAGCACCCUGCUUUUGCAGCAGUUGAAGAAACUCAUUUGUGACCUUUGUCGGCUGUACAACCUUCCCCAACAUCCAGAUGUGGAGAUGCUUGACCAGCCCCUGCCUGCAGGCCCUGUGGGACCAGACCGAAAGCAUGGGACAGAGGAGGUCACAUCUGAAGAAGAAGAGGAGGAAGAGAUGGGCGAGGACAUAGAGGAUCUGGACCACUAUGAAAUGAAAGAGGAGGAGCCUGUGGAUGGGAAGAAAUCCGAGGAUGAUGGCAUCGAGAAGGAGAAUCUGGCCAUCUUGGAGAAGAUCCGAAAGAACCAGAGGCAGGACCAUUUGAAUGGAGCCGUGUCUGGUUCAGUGCAAGCCUCUGACCGCCUGAUGAAGGAGCUAAGAGAGAUCUACAGGUCUCAGAGUUACAAGACCGGCAUCUAUUCAGUUGAGCUUGUUAACGACAGCCUGUAUGAAUGGCACGUCAAACUAAGGACGGUGGAUCCAGAUAGCCCCUUACACAGUGAUUUACAAGUCCUAAAGGAGAAGGAAGGAAUGGAUUACAUUUUACUAAACUUCUCAUAUAAAGAUAAUUUCCCCUUUGAUCCACCGUUUGUCCGCGUGGUUUCGCCUGUGCUUUCUGGAGGUUAUGUUCUUGGAGGAGGUGCCCUGUGCAUGGAACUCCUCACCAAACAGGGAUGGAGCAGUGCCUAUUCCAUUGAGUCUGUCAUCAUGCAGAUCAAUGCCACUUUAGUCAAAGGAAAAGCCAGAGUGCAGUUUGGAGCCAAUAAAAACCAGUACAAUCUUGCCAGAGCACAGCAGUCCUACAAAUCCCUUGUUCAGAUCCAUGAAAAGAACGGCUGGUACACACCCCCUAAGGAGGACGGCUAAAACGGACUCCUGCCUUUCCUGCACUGGGACCACAUGUCUUUGAUUUACUUUUUCCUUGCAACCAAUAUUAUUUUUUUUUUCCUGCAAACCAUUGUGUUCUCUACAAGAGAGUUUGAACUCCAAACCAAAUUCCUCAUUCAGUGCCCACCCAGAAACACACACACACACACACACACACACACACACACUCCCUCCUGAAAUUUACAUACAAGCUCAUCAGUUACCUGCAAGGGUGUCCUCUCCUCAAUAUUUAUCUCUCUGUACAUCUGUUUGAUACAAUCUAAUUUUUCCAUUGCGACAUUCAUCCCAUACUCCAGGAAACCUGUGGACUAAAUGUCCCACAAACUCACCCUUUGGUUUUGGCGUUGAGCAUUCCAAGGUGACUUGCUGGCUGUGAGAUGAAAGAUGCAGCAUGGCUUCAUCCGCCAGCAGUGGCAGUCUGAUGCUCCAGUCGCCAGACACUGCCUCUCUGGCCACAGACUGGACACGAGAAUGGCAUGUGACAUUUCCUGAUACAAUGCAGCGGUGGCUGGGAAGGACAUUUUAAAUGCUGGUGGUGGAAGAACCGCUACCUUUUCUCUCCAUGGACGGCCUCUGUAAUAUUGUGCUCAUGUAUUAUCUUUGCAAUGCCAAGAUCCCUCCUCUGGAAUAACAUGUUUCUGAGGCUAGCUUGCUUUCAAACCUCCUUAUCUUUUAAAGCUUGAAGUCCUCAGGUGGGGAGGAAGAUAAAGAGACCUCUGCAGCCUGGGUGGGAUACCCCAUAAUGAAGAACAGCAGCUGCUGAGCUCCAAAGUUGGAGACCACUGUCGUCGUCAUCACAACCAGCAACUGGACAAAUCCCUGUAGGAGAGGUUUGGUGUGUCCUAGGUUGGCAUCCCAAGAACUACAGUAUAACCAGGCAAAGCAGGGGCGUGCUUGGUUUGGAUCACACUGUAAUGUAGUUGAUUUUAACGCCACGUGUAAACAUGUAAAUUUGUAUUUCUGCAAAAGGAUUUAAUUGUUUAUAAUGUAACCUUGUCUGGGUCUUUGGCUGGGCAAAGACUGUAUUACUAUUUACCCUUGUCUAUUAACAGCAGGGGCACUGCAAAUUCUCAAGACUCAUUUAGAAUAAGAACACAUUGCUUCAUGGAUACUGUUGUAGAAGGAAACAAAAGUACACCAUGAUCUUAUGUAAGCUUAAUGACUACUGCGGUUUUGUUAUUUCUUUUUUUUUUCUUUUUUUUUCUUUUAAAUAUUGAUUUGUAGUCCUCAUGUUACCGACAGUACCAUUCCCCUUAUUUGAUGACACUUCUACAAUGGCCUAACAAUAAUGGCGUAGACACAGCUGUUUCUGGCAUUCCAGAGGUUUGGCUAUUCGUAUCUAAUCACUCAAACCGGAUGAACCUCAGUAAGGCUAUGCAGUGAAGACACAGUCUUGUGGAGUUUUGUUGUACUGAAGAAAGUUAGUCUUAACAGCUUAACAGUGUAGUCACCUGCUUAGUUCUUGUAGCUGAUUCAGAUCCUGAGCACUUUGCCAAUCCUGCAGUCGUAACAGUCUUGGGAAAAAAAA